AUGGAGAAGAGAAUGGCCUCACUAAUCACCACUCUUUUAGUGGUAUUAGUGUCUCUAAUUAGCUUCCCUUCCCAAACCACAGCCGAUGAUUAUAAGUAUGCUUCUCCACCGCCACCGGUGAAGAAAUACUCGCCCCCGCCUCCAAAGAAACCCUACGUCUACAAAUCACCACCACCUCCACCACCGCCAAAGAAACCCUACUACUACAAAUCACCUCCUCCACCGCCACCUCCCAAGAAACCCUACGUAUACAAAUCACCUCCUCCACCACCGCGUCCUAAAAAACACUACGAGUACAAAUCACCACCACCUCCACCGCCUCCUAAGAAGCAAUACGAAUACAAAUCACCACCACCAAAGAAGCACUAUGAGUACAAAUCACCUCCUCCUCCACCACCUCCGAAGAAACCAUACGUUUACAAGUCCCCUCCACCACCACCACCACCAGUUUACAAAUACAAGUCCCCUCCACCACCGCCACCACCGGGAUUUUUUUUCAUGAAAGUUACAUAUUAG